GUUCGUCAAAGAAAACGCCUUUUUGAGUGUAGGUAACAAGGAAGGGCAACGAAGUACCAAAACCGAGAAGGAGAGAAGUUAGAGAAAGGACUUCCACGCACGAUAGCAAAACAACAACCCUCAAGUUGUAGAGAAAAUGAAGGGUCUCCUACUCUUGCUGCCAGGUGUUUCCGCUGUUGUCCCAACUCAUCCAUUGCAACAAGCGGCACUGAAGAUUAGCCAGCGUGCGAAAACUAACCAAAAGGGGAAACAAGAUGGGAAGGUAACUCCAUGUGACAACGACUGAAUUCGAGUGUCAUGAUACUAGAUACGUUUAAGCAAUUCCAAUUAAGCCACUUGAAAUUCCAAUUUGACGAAAUCGAAAUUCUUCGUCAUAGACUUUUAUUCGUCAACACACGACCAGGUGCAGAAAACAACGGAGCAGGCAUCUAACCAGAAAGUCGAUGUCGACUCCACGGCAGUGACAAUGGCAGCCGCACGAAAAAUGCAAAAGCCCCUGCAACAGCACGUCGCAGCCCCUGUAGUAGACAAAGAGGUGAAGAAACUCCUACCUGUUCUCGAAAAAACAACUGCAGCUAGUGAGAAAGGAGUUACUACAAGAACAGAAGCAGUGACUACGACCUUGCAAGACCAGCAAUCUCCCUCGUCUGGAUCUUCAACCCCAACGUCCUCCACUGGUUACGUUGCCAGUCGCACUACCGAUUUUUUACGAGUCUUCUCCAGCAAGAAACGCUCUAAGAAGGAAGCUCCUGGAACAACAGACUGUGCCGAAUUCACCUACCACAACGUCGCGACUGACGCGGGAUGUCUGGCCUUGUGCGAGACCAUCAGCAACAUUGACGUCCGACGCAACUGUAAGUGGUAUUCGACGGAGGUAGACCUUUGCUCUACAUCCGAAUACGAGUAUGCAACUUUGAGCUAUAAGUUAAGAAACCAGUCAUGACCAUACAACAAUGUUGCAAAUCACCGUGAUCGCAAAUCACCGUGAUCAUGUUCUAGUUGUACUACUACUCCUAAAUUAACAACCGUCUACUUGUUGUACAAGAACGAAAUAUUAUAUGUAUAACAAGAUUUGUAAGAACCUCUAAUUUCCGGAGUAGGCGUCCCGCUGAACCUGAAGUCGCAGUGCGACAAGGGCAACGCCGUGCCACGAUGCAAGAUUUGCGACAGAGCCAUCAACUUCGAUGAGCAAGACUUCGUGCAUGAUGGUACUGCUAUUUUGCGUAGUACAUGAUCGAUGCAAGAAAAGAUGUUACUCGAAAACUCAAAAUAAGCGAGUUACUGACUGAAAUAAGGGAGGUACUAGCUUAUAGCAUCAAGGCUACUCAUCUUCCUUCUCAUCAGUAUCUCCCUUAUUUUCAGUAGUUACUUGCUUAUUUCAGUUUUUCGGGAUUUUCUGACUCGUGAUUUCAUUUUCUAACAACACACGCACCAACAAAGAAAUGACCAGGUGCUGGCGACUUCCCCUGGACCGUGCUGCAGUCGGAUACGAUGCGAUACGCGGUUGGCUGGUUCUCUUACCUGCUGUGGUGGGCAGUCUUCUUUAGCAUCUUCGGGGCUUUGAUCUUCUACGUGAGGAAGUAAGUCCGUAGCCAGGUUGCCGCAAACAUAGUGAAGCUUGCGGUUCGGGUUGGUUAGUUGUAACGUUAGAUAGACAGCUUCAUUGUAUAGUCAACAUCGACAUUGUUCAUGAUCAUGUCGAGCAAUGCUUGCAUAGCCAGUUGAAGAACAUUCACUACAUGUGUACUAGUCAUAUUCGAUUUCAAACAGAAACAGUGAUCAUGAUCCUAUUUUUCCAUCAUCCAAGAACGAAGUUUUUCCACCAUUUAUGUAUCAUGUCUACUUAAUAAGUACUUUUUUUUCCAACUCUCCUGAUGUAAAGAUUGCAGCUGUACUAUGCGAGAUAGCACUAGAAUGAUAUGCUUGGUCUAGUACGACCUAACAGAUUUUCGUGUUGAAGCGAUUUUUUUUUUUCAGAACGCUAAAGCGCGAUAUAAUUGCUGCGAUGGAAGAGACGGAUCACCGGGAGUUCCAGACAGACAGGAGAAGUCCUGCAACCAGAUAACACGAUCAUGAUCUUUUUUUCUUCUGUUCAGUUCAUACAUUCACUUUGUUUGAGAACAAA